GUUGUCAUUGUCAUGUGUAAAAAAAAUCUAUUUGCUUUUUUUUGUAUAUUUUUUAAAUAUUAAUAUAAAAUUAAAUAAUUUAUUGUUAAUUAUAAUUAAAAUUUAGAAAAGUUACAAAGCUCUUAUUCAUAAAUUUAAGGAUAUAAACAUUAAUUAAGAACAUGGAAGAGAAAACUUUUGUUUGGACUUCAGACCUUAACAAGAGACUUUUUCAGUUACGAUUUGAUAAUGAUUGGCUAUUUAAAAAAAAGAAACAACCUUGGAGGGAAUUCUACAAAAUAUUAUUGGAUAAUGGUUUUCCAGAAGAAAUGACAAUAAAUCAUGUUAGAAAAAAAUGGUCAUACACUUAUGAUAUGUACAAACUUGCCAAGAAAACAAAAAACAAGAGUUGGCCAUAUUACAAAAUCUUUGACAAACAUUUUGGUAAAAGUAAAAUAUUGGAUAAGUAUGAAAGUUGGAGCGAUGAAUGGCGGCUAAAAUUAAUACUGUGUAUAUCAGAAGCAAAGGAGGUUAAACUAGAAGAUUUUCAAACUAUGUGGAGAACUGUAGAGAGAGCAAUGAGGAGCCAAGAUUUGCCUAAUGAUUGUUGCAUACAGGAUAUGAAGGGAUUAUGGCAACAUAUCAGAACAACUUUCAAUAGAAAACAUCGACUAAAAAUGAAAAAAGGCGCCGAGUUGACCGAGUGGCCGUUAUACGAUGCAAUGAUAAAAUAUUUUCAACUGUAUGAACCUGACUAUCUCAUCAACUUGGAGAAGGAAACAGCUGGUAAUUUUAUGGUGAGACAACGGAAUACAAGCAAAUAUUGUAAAAAGAAAAAGGACACCGACAAGAACGGAGAGGAUGAUGAGGGUGAUGAGUUUCAAUGGUCAAAACAUAUAACCGAGACAUUUAUACAAACCCGUUUACAAAAUGACUGGAUAUUCAAACAAAGGAAAUGGGCAUGGAACGAUCUAUUGGCGAUUAUGAUAGAGGAAUACGGAUUUCCCGAAACAUUAACAAGUAGAGAAAUUUCUAGAAAAUGGGCGUCAACAUUUGCAGAAUACCAAAAAGCCAAGGCCACAAAUAACAAAUCAUGGGUAUACUACAACCUGUUCGAGCUUUACUUGGGCGAAGGAACCCUCAGUCUUAAUCCAUUAAUUGGGUGGCAAGAGGAAUGGGUCUUCAAUCUAAUAAGUGCAAGAACAGACUUGGAACACCUGUUUAAAUUCUCAUUGCGAGACCCGAACCACGGUUGGAGGGAAGUUGAGAAAAGGUUACGUAACAUCGGAUUACCAUUUGAUCAUAGUUUACUAGAUCUACCGGAAAUAUGGACGCACCUUUUAAAAACGUUCAGGUGGAAACAGAAAUUCUUGAACAAGGGCAUUCUAAACGAGCAGUGGCCGUACUACGAAGCGAUCGCACAGUACGUGGAAACGGAGGCGCAACAUCGGCCGGUGAAGAAACAAAAGCAGGAAGAGCAAGAACAUUACGACGACGUGGCGAUCGAUGACGAUCUGGAAGACGAUAUGAAGUUGUUAGAACUGAAGCAGCGGUUGCAGGUACGACCGAAGCGCGAGGCCAUCGACCCGAACCAGUGCCGUACUUGUUACAGCGAACACGGCAGCGUCGAUAUCUUCGAGCAGCGGGAUGACGAUGAUCCAGAUAUCGCUCAAAAGUUGAGACUCAUCGGUGGAAUAGAAGUAGAGAAAUCUGAUAAUUUACCGUCACACAUCUGCUACAACUGUUUACGAGAUCUUGACGUCGCAUAUAAAUUUAGAAGGAAAUGUCAAGAAGUCGACAAUAAAUUCCGUUGCACUGAUAUGCUGGAAAUUAAAAUAGAAAAACACGAUGACGACGGCAGGCACUAUAACGAUAGCACAAAGAAUGAGCCAGAAAGAAAUGACUCGGACGAUAUGGACAUACAUUUCGAUGAUUUAGAACCCGGUGAAUCUAUAGCAAAGACAGUAAAGCCACCGGUAAAGAAGGAAACAAAAACGGUUGUGAGGAAAAGAAAGAAAGUGCGCAAAUCGAAAUACGACUACUGGAAGAUUUGUGAAGUGUGCGGAAAGCAUACGAGGAACUUGGUGAGUCAUUUGGACAUGCAUCUAUCGGGGAAACAUUACUCCUGCAACGUAUGUGACAAGAAGUUUAAAUUCAAGAGCGGUCUAGUUAUACACAAGGCUAUUCACGACCCCACGCCGCGGAAAACGUGCGAGGUUUGCGGGAAAGCGUUCCAUAUUUUGGCUCAGUACAGGCGACACUUCGUGUACCACGCGAAUGAAAGGAAAUUCGAGUGCGAAACGUGUGGGAAGCGAUUCAACACGAUGGAUAUAUUGAAAGUGCAUAAUAGAAUGCACACGAACGAAAGACCGUUCAGUUGCCAGGAGUGUGGUAAGACGUUUAGAACGGCCGGCUGCGUAAGUAGGCACAAGAGAAUUGUACAUAAAAAUAUUAAAGUUCAAUGUAAAAUGAAUGAAUAAAAUUUUAAUAAUUGUUCAAAA